GUGUUCAGUUAGCGGUAUUAGCUUAUACGUAAAGCAAACAUGGCUGCGCCCACAGGACCGAGAGGAUCACAGGUGCCCUCUGCGUUUGAAGGAUUCCCCUUUCCAAUAGCUGGCAGACCACCGGAGGACAGCUCCGGUAAGGAGCAGGAGCAGACCGGGGAUGUGAAAAAGAAGCCAUGCAGGGCUUGUACGGACUUUAAAUCGUGGAUGAAGAUGCAGAAGAAGCAGGCAACAACUGCUGGUGGUGGUGCUGCUGCACAGGAGACAAAAGCUGCAGAUUCAGAGCCACAAGAUCCCCAGUGUCCGCUGGACAGGGAAGAGCUGGGCCGCAGCACGUGGUCCUUUCUGCACACUAUGGCCGCGUAUUACCCGGAUCAUCCAUCUACCACUCAGCAGCAAGAGAUGGGGCAGUUCAUCAACAUUUUCUCCAAGUUCUUCCCGUGUGAUGAAUGUGCACAAGACCUCAGGGACAGAUUGAAAACCAAUCAGCCGGACACUAGCAGCCGCCACGCUCUUUCUCAGUGGUUCUGUCGUCUUCACAACGACAUCAACGUCAGGUUGGGGAAGCCUGAGUUUGACUGUUCCCGUGUGGAUGAGAGGUGGAGAGAUGGAUGGAAAGAUGGCUCCUGUGAUUGAGUGAUUGUGCUGAGAGAGAUUUGAAGACUUGAGUAAACCCCGUCGUCGGUAUAAAACACCACUAAACUGAGCUCAUGUUUGAGUGUUGGGUUUUUCUGGUUUUGUUUUAAUAUAGUAUAAUUAAUCUAUUAAUAAAAUUAAAGAUUACAUAAUA